AAACUACAACUUUUCUUUUCUAGUCAAACUUCAUAGGUUGACUAAAUUUAUGAAAAACUUAACGACAUCUAUAACAUUAAAUUAUUUUCAUUAAAUAUAACGUUAAUAUAUUUUGAUAAUGUAUUUAUUUUUUAAAUGUUAAUUUCUCCGUCUCGAAAUAAGUAAAGUUUUGUGUUGUUUAUAUCCAACGUAUGACCUAGCUGCAUGCCGCUAAUAUACAACUGGAACAUUAGGUUCGAACGGGGAAUAUGAAAUUUCUAAUAUACAACUGGAACAUUAGGUUCGAACGGGGAAUAUGAAAUUUUUCUCUGGGUUGGGUGUUCGGUGCAAGGCUUUGAUUACCGUCCAAGAGGAAAAUGAGACACUGACAUGUGGGCCAUCCAGACCCAGCUGGCUGGGGCGGUGCGUUCUGGGGGACGGGCCGGGGCUGGAGCGCGCGGAAACUUUUUGGUGCCCGCUCCCGGCUUGGUUUCCCAAUCCCCCCAAAAUUCGCAAAGCUGCCACGGUCACCUAUAAACGAUUCCGCGCUGUGCCACGGUCGCCGGAUCGCGGGAGGGAGGGAGGGAGGGAGGGAGGGCGUGUAGCGUAGUUGGUGUGCUCGUGUGGAGAGACAGGGAGGGAGCGGCGACGGCGAUGCCGAAGCUGCCGAUGGACCAGCGACCGCGGCUGACUCUCGAGGACUACAUCCUCUUCUUCACCACCCGCUCCGGCCACGGCCUCACCAUGGACCACCUCAACCAGAUCGUCUUCAUGCACGGGUUCAUCAAGUUCCACCGCCAGAACAAGCCGGUGAUCGUGGACGCGCUCAACAAGUUCGACCUCAUGCGCCCGCGCCGCUCCACCGUCGGCAUCAACGCGGCCGCGCCACCGCGCGGCGCCGCCAAGCCGUCGGACGCGCUGCUCACCAUGGACGAGGCCAGGGACGACAUCGAGGACCUCGGCUGGCGCGAGUGCCCCGUCGGCUCCCUCCUCUCCAUCCGCGCCGGCGGCGGCGACGCGGCGCCCUCCGCCGCCCACAUGCCGAUCGCGGCCAUCCGCCCUGGCUCCACCGCCGUGGAGCGCGUCUCCCCGCCGAGCAUACUCAGCGCCUGCUCGCCCGCGCCCCCCGGGGCGGUGGUGAUCCGGAAGCGGUGCAAGAAGGGCCAGGGGAAGGCGGCCAUGAGGGGGAGGAAGCGGCGCGUCGUGCAGUUGCUCACGCUCCCGUCCGUCGAGAACUUGGCGGCCACCGCCUGACGGAGCCCGGGGCUCCUCCAUCUGCAGGGCGGCGACGCCAUGGCCUCUCCUUGGUUCUUACUAGUAGUACUAAUCACCGCCAGUACUAAGUUGCAUUAGUGUUUGUUUUGGGUUGUGCUCAGCUUAGCUCUGGUGUUUAAAGUUCAGUUGACGUCCUACAUUUUGCUUUACCGCUGGUCUGUAAAUUUUACCGGCUUAGAUGAAUCCAUCCGUGUUAAAGGAUCAAACCUAACAUGCUUACUCAAUUAAAGCUGUUUGCUGUUUCGUGGUUAUCACUUAUUACGUGUAUUGGUCGAUCCAUUUCCUCCAA